AUGACGGACAAGAAGAGCGAUGACUUCGUCCUUCGCAUGCCCGACGGCCACUCUCGCGUCCACGAGCAGCAUGCCUUCCCCAGCAACGGCUCCCCGCGCGCCGGCCGCCCUGUCGCCGCGCCGGCCUCGCAAUUCUUCUCGUCCAUCGAGGGCAGCGGCGGCGCCUCGGUCCUCGCCUACUGCUUGUCUUCCAUCAGCAUGACCCUCGUCAACAAGUACGUCGUCUCGGGCCGCCAAUGGAACCUGCACCUGCUCUAUCUGGCCAUUCAGUCCAUUGUCGGAACCUCGACCAUUAUCGUCUGCAAGCACCUCGGCAUGAUCAAGGACCUGGACCCCUUUGACUCGGGAAGGGCCCAACGAUGGUUCCCCAUCUCCCUUCUCCUCGUCGGCAUGAUCUUCACCGGCAACAAGGCGCUGCAGUUUCUCUCCGUCCCCGUCUACACCAUCUUCAAGAACCUGACCAUCAUCGUCAUUGCCUACGGGGAAGUCCUGUGGUUUGGCGGUAGCGUCAGCCCCUUGACCCUCGUGUCCUUUGGUCUCAUGGUCUCCAGCUCCGUCCUCGCCGCCUGGGCUGACUUUCACCACGUCACGGUUGCCGUUCCCGGUGCCCUGCAAAACGCCUCGUCGGCCGCCGCCGCCACUCUCAGCGCCGGCUAUGCCUGGAUGGGCCUCAACGUCUUGUGCUCGGCGCUGUACGUCUUGAGCAUGCGUAAGGCCAUCAAGAUUACCAAUCUGAAGAACUGGGAUGUCAUGUUCUACAACAACCUGCUGACUGUCCCCGUUCUGAUCCUGUCGUCGCUUCUCAUCGAGGACUGGUCCAGCACCAACCUGCACAACAACUUCCCCCCCGAGUCGCGACACAGCUUGCUCGUCGGCAUGGUGUACUCUGGGCUCGCCGCCAUCUUCAUUUCCUACUGCACCGCCUGGUGCAUCCGCGCCACGUCUUCGACGACCUACGCCAUGUCCGGAGCUCUCAACAAGCUUCCCAUGGCCAUUGCCGGUCUCGUCUUCUUUGCCGACCCCAUCACCUUUGGCAGCGUGUCUGCCAUUAUCCUCGGCUUCAUCAGCGGUCUCAUCUACACCUGGGCCAAGAACAGGAGAUCGCAACCGCCUGGUCUUCCGUCGGCCGUUGGCCGGUCAGCCUCUGGCACCACCUCGCCAAACGACAAAGGGCCGGCCGCGAGAGCAUGA